AAACAAAGAAAACAGAUCAUUAAAUUUCGUAAACAAAAAUUGGAUACCGAGCUUUCACAUGCUAAUCAAGCCUAAGCAUAAACUAUCUUCUUUCUUCUUUCAUGACAGCCAAAAUCUUUGUCCUCUUAAUCUUCCUCGUCACUCUCAAUCUGCGGGCGCAAGCCUGGAUCAAAGCUGCCUAUUAUGAUUGUACUUCUCAGCUUCCUGUUCCCAGCGUAAAUUCUGCUCUUUUUACCCACCUUUAUUAUGGUUUUGCUGAUAUUAACAGUUCCAAUUACCAGCUUUCCUUCGAUCUCUUUUCCAAUGAUUCAACUGUCUCUACCUUCACAACUACGAUUAAACGUAAGAACCCAUCAGUGAUCACACUUCUAUCUAUCGGGCUUGCUUAUGGAAACUACUCCACCUUUUCUUUAAUGGCCAGCCAGCCUUCUUACAGGGAGUCUUUUAUCAGAUCCUCAAUAGAGACAGCCAGGCUUUAUGGCUUUGGUGGUCUAGACCUUUCUUGGCUCUGGCCUAACACAAGCUUUGACAUGAAAAAUAUUGGAGUUCUCUUAGAUGAGUGGCGGGCUGCUAUAAAUUCUGAGUCAAGAAACACGAGUGAGCCACGAUUAGUCUUGACAAUGGCUGUUCAUCACAUGCCGAUUAUUGGUGCCACAAGCUUUCCUGUUGAAUCAAUUCUGAGAAACAUAGAUUGGGCAAAUGUUAUAGCAUUCGACUAUCAUGUGCCCUUAAAGGAGAAAGUGACAGGAAACCAUGCUGCUUUAUAUGAUCCUUCAGGCUAUUUUAGUGCCGAUUCUGGUAUAAAAGAAUGGUUAAGAAGAGGAUUUCCAGCAAGCAAGCUUGUUUUGGGUGUGCCUUACCAUGGCUAUGCAUGGACGCUUCUGAACCCAAAUGACAAUUCCAUUGGUGCAGCAGCCUUGGGACCUGCUCUGACAAAGGAUGGUUCUGCAGGCUAUAAGUUGAUUAAAUCAUUCAUCUCCGGUUAUGGUUACGGAGCCACUUCAACCUACAAUGCUACGUAUGUAGUGAAUUACUUCACCAUUGGUCCAAUCUGGAUCAAUUUUGAUGAUGUUGAGGCCAUUAGGACUAAAAUUUCAUAUGCCAAGACGAAGCAACUACUCGGUUAUAUUUCCUUUCAACUCGGUAAUGAUGACAACUGGCAGCUUUCUCAGGCAGCAUAUGAGGUUGGUAAAGAUCAUGAAAAGAAGAAGCCAUUAUCAUUAAGGAUUAUAGUUUCACUUCCACUUGCAAUUGUAAUCCUGCUCUUCCUACUUGGUUCUUUGUCAUACUAUAUGAGAAAAAGAAUGCUCAAAUCAAAAGGAAAAAAGGAUUCAGGCAAAGAACAAAGCUUUGAAGUAGGACCAAAUACAGCACUAGUGAAUGAAGAUUCAGACCAGAAUGCUCCUAAUCUGCAAGUAUUUACUUUUUCUGAGAUCAAAUCAGCUACAAGAAACUUUUCAAGCGAAAAUAGGCUAGGAGAGGGUGGCUAUGGACCUGUGUACAAGGGUAAGCUUGAAAGGGGACAAGAAAUAGCGGUGAAGAGACUGUCUAAAACUUCACAUCAAGGGCUUAAGGAGUUCAAAAAUGAGGUUAAACUUACAGCAAAGUUGCAGCAUGUUAAUCUAGUGAGACUUUUGGGAUUUUGCACUGAAAAGGGAGAGAAAAUGUUGAUUUAUGAGUACAUGCCCAACAAAAGCCUGGAUUUCUACCUAUUUGACCAUAAUAGAAGAUUGAAAUUGAAUUGGGAACGACGCGUUCACAUCAUUGAAGGGAUUGCUCAAGGGCUUCUAUACCUCCAAGAAUACUCAAAUUUAACUAUAAUUCACAGAGAUAUUAAAGCCAGCAACAUUUUGCUCGAUAAUAAGAUGAAGCCAAAGAUUUCUGAUUUUGGCAUGGCAAGAAUUUUACAGAAUGAGAGCAAGGAAGCCAAAACAGGCCAGAUUGUUGGAACGUAUGGCUAUGUACCUCCUGAGUAUGUGAAACGUGGCACGUACUCGAUGAAGUACGAUGUUUACAGCUUUGGAGUUCUGCUUCUGCAGAUCAUAAGUGGCAAGAAAAAUACAUGUUUUUAUGGCUCGAGCGAAAAUCUAAACCUUUUGGAAUAUGCUUAUGAUUUGUGGAAAAUGGAAAAUGGAAUGGAGUUUAUGGAUGAAACACUGGACGAUUCAUUUUCUUCAUGUAAACUCUUGAGAUGCCUGCAAGUAGCCCUUUUAUGCGUGCAAGAAAGUCCAACAGAUAGACCGUCAAUCUUGGAAGUUUAUUCCAUGCUAAAAAAUGAAAAUGUAGCUAUCGCUUGUCCUAAAAGACCUGCUUUUUCUGUCAAAAGUGGUGAAGACAACGAAAAUAGCAUUUGUUCUAUCAAUAAUGUAUCUAUUUCUCAGAUGGUGGCCCGAUGACUUUGUCUGUUAUCGGUGUCUAUUAUUAGAUCAAGAAUUUUGUUCUAUCAACAAUGUGUCCAUUACCCAAAUGUUACCCCAAUGACUUUGCCCUUUUGCACUCAAUUAUAUAUAUAUUUUCAAGGGAAAUUUAUUGGUUGA